AUAGUUAGGGGAACUUCAGUGAGCACUUACAAGGGAUUACGGCAUCGCGCCUCGGGCGCUUUACCCGCGACCUCGCGACAGUCAAGUUCCCCUGGACAGUCAACCCGAUCGGCGUGGAGUGUCCAGACAACGGACGCCGACGGACGCAGAGCUUUCCCGGAAGCGCCACGCGUGUUUCUCUAAACACAUGUAUGUAUACAUAUCACCUGAUUGUUGCGCAGGUGAGACCGAGCAACCGCCAAGCAACGGUUCCCAUGCGGCUCCGCAGGGCCCAUUGUACGCGCAAGUCCAGAGUCGAGAGAGCUGCACUGCAACGCGCAGCACUGAUGGCGGAGCAAUGUGAGAAUGAAGGGGAUAGAGCGUUCGGGGUAGGCAGGGGCGCGUGGACGACGCGGGAUUAAAGACUCAAACGUAGGGGACGAGGGCCUGAGGGGUGCGUCAAUGCAAUGUGCGGAAGCCAGGGGGCGAGCAAGAGGAUCCAGCACACAUGUGCAAUUGUUUGAAACUCAAGCCAGCGGCAAUUGCUAUGACGUUUAAGCUUGACACGAUCUGGGAUACGAAGCGGAGGUGUAGUUGAAGUGCCAAGUCGCAGCCCUGGCCGUUCCUUUCAUAUCGUGUGAUUUGCAUUGUUAUUCAUCAAACAACACAAUAAUGUAGCGGUAGGCGUUAGCGUCAGCCCACAGACAAUAUUGGAUGGCGCCGUUGCCGAGAGUGCUCCCAGAAACGGGAAGGCGAGGCUUCCGCUCGCGUCAUAAUAACUGGAAGACAAACUGGCGAUAUGGCGUCGCCUUGACGUUGUGCGCGCUGUUGCUAGGCGUGGGUUUUUUCCUGUCGCCGACACGCCGCACAAUGCUGUCCGGCGAGGUGCAGCUGGUGCUGUCAGACCUGGAGGAGCGCCUUCGCAUGUCGGACUCGGCCGACGCCGUGACCGCCAUGCAGCGCGACAUGCAGCGGGUGGCGGCCGGCAGUUCGCCGCGAAGCGACCGUGUGUCGCACCUGUUCGCCGAGCUGCUGCACAACAUACGCGGCUUGGGCUGGGCGCUACCCUGUGUCGACCGGGAGCCGGCGGUCGGCGGCGGCGCUGCAGCCGUCAACUCGAGCGCAUGCAGCGGCGGGUGUUACUUUGCGGUGACUCUGGAGGACGGGACCUCGUUCGACACGCUGCCCAGCCUAGUCACACAGCUGCUGGCGGUGCUGGGGCGGCUGGGCAAUGGCGAGCAUGCGCGGCGCAGUUUUGUGUCGGUGUAUGCGACCGCCAGCCAGGAUCCAAGCACGCCGGAGCUAUUGAACCUGCUGCGCCGGAUGCUGGACCUGCUGGGGGUGCCCAACCGCGUGGUGACACGCGGCAGCAUCCGCCGCCCGCCGCCGGGAAGCAAGCGCACGGCGGCCGCAGCGCAGGACCAGCACCGGCUGCUUCUGCGGACAGCCGACGCGAACCUAGCAGGCGCAGCGGGCAUGGAUUUGAUGGGAGGUGGGGGCAGCGGCACCGGCGGGCGCUGGGCUGGCACGGAGUUGGGCAGCGAAGACGGCUACCGGGCUGCGCUGCGCAAUGCAGUGCUGGAGCCCCUGGUAGCCAUUGGGGACCCCCGGCGCUGCGACGGCACUGGCAGUGAAGGACACGGGGGCGGUGGUGUAGAGGACGCCGAGAGGCUGCCCUGCCCGCAGCUGUCGCCCACGUCGCCGCCGCCGCCCGCGCGCGUGAGCACGCUGGUGUUUGUCGCCGGCGGCGCCUUCCUUUGCGCCGCCGACGUGCUGCGCCUGCUGCGGCACAGCAGUGCCGACGUGGCGUGUGGCCUGGACUUAGCUAAAGCGCCCCUGCCUCUGCUGACGCCGGACGAGGGCCGCGCAGCCAUGUCGGCGCACACAGCGGCGGCGUGGGGCCUGCCGCGGUCGUGGGCCGACGCACUGUCCAGAUCCGGCUUGGCGUACGGCACGUGGGCGCGAAUGUACGGGCGCACGGGCUCGUACCUGCCCUGGAGCCACGUGGUGCUGCUGGAGGCCAGCAGCGUGCAGUGGUCGCGGGACGCGGCAGGGCAGCGGCUGCGGCCCCUGCCGCCGUACGCAGCCGACGCGUGGACGGCGUCGCGUCUGGGGCUCGGCCUGCCCACCCCUGUGCACGGGUGCUGGGGCGGGCUGGUGGUGGCCCGAGCUCACCCGUUCCUGGGAAGGCGGGCGCCAGCGGCAGGGGCUGCCGAGUCUGCAGCGGCGUCGGCCGGCGCCGCAAGGCGCGCUGUGCGGGCGGCGGGCGUCGAUGGCGGCGGCGCAGAGGCGGAGUCUGGGUCAGGCUUGGUAGCCGCCAGCGACGCCAGCACGGGCGCGAAUGCUGGCUUAGCUGGGCGCGUGGCGGGCGCGCGGCGUCUUCGCGACGUGCCGCCGCUGCGCUUCCGUGCGCUUCCAAGUGGCAGUGGUGUUGCUAGCCGCCAGGCGGACGCGCCGGGCCAGGGCCAUGGGGAGGGCGGCUGUGUGGACAGCGCGCCUGAGCUGCUGCUGUGUGGGGACAUGCACGAGCGGAGCCGGCACCGCUGGCUGGUGGAUCCGAACGUGCGGCUCACAUACGACUGGCCUGCUGCGCUGGAAUUGUACGGCAACUUCGAAACGGCGGCGCCCGAAAACGUCCGGGGCCUUACGUUCCAAGCGGAGGAGCUAGGUGUGGGAGACUUCCACGUUAGCGAGGAGCGCGAGGAGGACGAAUUCGGUGGCGACUACGGCAGCAGCAUCAGUAGCAGCACUAGCAGUGACAGUGACAGCAGCAGUAGCUCUGAUGGCGCCGGCACGAAUGCGCGGCUUGGCGGCCUGACCGCUGGCAAGGGUACGCGAACUGCGGAUUAUGGUGACGCCGGCGGGCCGGCAGCGGCCUCGGCCUUGGCGGCUGAGGAGCGGAGGGCACGGGUCCGGGCGGAACGGCGGUGGCAGCAGGAGUGGUUGCCGCGUGUGGCAGCCGGCGCGGCGGCGGUGGAGUGCUGUGCGCUGGAGGCGGAUACGGCGGCAGCAGGCGGUAGCAGCUCUUUGUGCGUGCGUCAGGACCGGUCGGCUGCGUGGCGGGAUUGGAGUGCCGCGAGUGGUGGCAGCGGUGGUGGUGGUGCUGCUGCUGCAAUAGCCAGCGGGAGUCGAAAGUGGAGGGGAAGCGAUUUGCUAAAACGGAGCGCCGGCAGUGAGAGCCAGAGUGCGACAGAAGCAAGCGGGGGAGGUGCGGCGGGGGCGGGGGCGGUGUCUGCAGCUGUUGCAGCAGCUGACGCUGCAUUGACAGCGCUGGAGAGCUGAACGGCGGCGCAAUUGGCUGCGGGAGGAUGGGCUGAUCAUACGGGCCGCCGGGCCCACCACACCCCUAGUAAGGUGGCACGCGUCGCGGCUGAGCCAUGUCACCUGGCUGUGGCUGGGUGUUUGGGUGCUCAGCAGGCGGCCUCGCACUACCGCCUGCUGUGUUGCCAGCCCCUGGUAGCCGUUUCCCCGUGCUUUUUGGUCUCACCUGCUGGUUGUGUUUGGGCCUAUUGAUCACAAAUAGGCGGCGGGUCGAAAACUCGAAAUCGAACCGACCCCGGCUAUGCCCGGGAGAUGAUGUAGACGCUUGCGGCCUCAGACUGGGCGAGGGAAAACCACCUUUCUUGUCGGUCUCGCCUCUUGUUCUUGUUUUGUGUGGAUUGUGUUUGUGUGGCUGCGGCUUCGUGUGUUGGUCGCGCGUGUGCGUGGUGUCGGCAGUGGCUGUUCGGCCCAUUCAGGUUGCGGUAUCGGACGCUGCCCUACAUGGCGCCUUCGGGCUUGCACAAGAAAGUGCCACUGGCACCAGACAGGCACCAGUGCUUGCGUUUGAUUGGGCGUCCCCGGACUGUAUGCCAGGGGUACCUGGUUUUGCGUAGGUGCUGUAGCCAGCGCUUCGUGCGCAAGACACGGUUUGCUAAACGUUGGUGGGCCUUUGGCGGGCUUGGGCUUGAAUUCGACUCCCUAUGUAGCAGCUGAGACACGAAAUAUGCACGGGUUGUGAAGGUCGGCAGACAGCUGGGGGGAGGGCGGUUUCCCUUGACCGGGGUGCGGGGCUCCCUUGCUUGGUCGGACUGUCCCUUCUUGUAAUGUCGCAUUCGCCAUGUGCGCGAACCGGCAUUGCCCCCAAGUCCAUAGCGCAAAGGCCCAGGGAUGCCGGAUGGCGCAUCACAGGUCCUGCUUCUCGACACAACCAUCAAGUCGGUCUGAUGGGGAGCGGGUAAGACCGCAUCAAUUA